AUGGCUCGUAAGACGGGACGAAGUGCGGAGGAAGUUACGUGGCUCGUUUGGUGUUUCGAGCAUUGCUUGAAGCCCGAGCAGGCCCUUGUCCGCAAAGAGUUGGCGGCCCUUGCCACCAAGUUCGGAUGCAAGUUUGUUUGCCACAAGAAAUCCAUGCGCUUUCUCAGCUGGCUGGAGGGCAGGAAGGGGAGCAUACUGCUCGUCGCAGAUUGGCGAGAAGCCAAGCCGACCAUGGAGGAGAUCAGCAAGCAAAACCAAAGCCAUGACUUGCGCAUGUGUGUCGUGGCGCAAACAGCAACGAUCCUUCGCCGCGCAUCUUACUGGGCACGCGCUCAGAACGGAUGCGCGGAGAUCACGGUCACGCCGGGCUUCUUGCGACACAAGGUGGAGGAGAUGAUCGCAAGCCAUGUGCAGGCCGUGCAGGCCAAGCGCAUCACAGAGCCGGCUAUGAGGAUCGGUCCCCAGAUCCCCGUGAGGUCUAUUGGGGCAGACGGAUGGUUGUCCCUCCCCAGUCUUCUCGAAGCCGUCAAUGACCCCAAGCAGGCUCUUGGACUUGAGAAGCUCAUUCGUCAAACGAUGUGGCAACUCUACGAGGACUGA